CUGCGGGCGGGGGCUCCGGUCCGGGCUUUGGCUGCGGCCCCGGUGUAGUAGCGGGGGCGGCGGCCGGGGGCAGCGCGGCUCCUUCCCUUGUUGUGUGUGUCGGUGCCUCCUCGCCAUCUUGUUGCAAAGCCCUUUCUUGUCGGCGGGACUCCCGGGAACCGCGGGGCGGGAGGCAUCAGAAGGGAGGAAGAGAGGGAGGGAAGGAGAGAGGCAGUGCCGCCUUUUUUUUUAAUCAAAUUUUUUUUUAAUUUGCAAAUUUAUAUUUUGCAAAUAUUUUGGGAGACAUAGAUUUUUCUCCCUGUGCUCCCCCGUUCUAUUCUGAGGAGUGCGCUGCGCCGCCCAACCCUGUCGCCCCCCGGAGGUGAUCCCUCCCUCCAGCCCGCCCGCCAGCCUGACCUGUGCCUGGCUCGCGGGCCGCAGCCUCGGCCCCGGCGCGCCCCCGGCCGCUCUCGGCGCGAUGAGCAUAGAGACGCUACUGGAGGCGGCCCGCUUCCUGGAAUGGCAAGCGCAGCAACAACAGAGAGCACGUGCCCUAUUCUUCACUCUAGUCAAGAAAUAUGCUGGUCCAGGUGUGAUAGAGCUUUGCCAUUCUCCUGGGUCUUUCCUGGCACCUGUGAGGCACACCUGCUUGGCUCUGGCGGAUGCAGAGAGAAGGAAGGGGAAAAGGAAGUUGCCAUCUCCUAGAGGAGCAGGAGCGCCUUCGCUUGGAGCGGGAGCGGGAACAGGAGCAGAAGAAGGCCAGUAGCCUGGCCAGGCUGGCACAUGCUCUGCCUGUGGAGGAACCCCGCAUCGAGGCACCACCCCUCCCCCUAUCCCCACCAGCACCCCCACCAGCACCCCCACCACCACUUGCUACCCCCACCCCACUGACUGUCAUUCCUAUUCCUGUAGUGACCAACUCCCCCCAGCCACUGCCCCCACCCCCACCGCUGCCUCCUGCAGCCCAGCCUCUGCCCCUGGUACCUCGUCAGCCAGCCCUGGUCAGCACCCCUGGACUCAGCAUUAAGGAGCCUGCCCCCCUUCCUACCAGGCCACAGGGGCCCACCCCUGCUCCCCUCCUGCCAGACCCGAAGACCACUAUUGCACCCACUGGCAGCCCCAAGCCUUUGCAGCCCCUCCCUACACCCAUCCUGACCAUAGCACCACACCCUGGAGUCCAGCCUCAGCUAGCCCCCCAACAGCCACCCCCACCUGCACUUGGGACUCUGAAGUUGGCACCAGCUGAAGAAGUCAAAUCCAGUGAACAGAAGAAGAGGCCUGGGGGGAUUGGAACCAGAGAAGUCCACAACAAAUUGGAGAAAAACAGGAGGGCCCAUCUGAAGGAAUGCUUUGAGACCCUGAAGCGCAACAUCCCUAAUGUGGACGACAAGAAGACCUCGAAUCUGAGUGUGCUGCGAACCGCGCUGCGGUACAUCCAGUCCCUGAAGAGGAAGGAAAAGGAGUAUGAACACGAGAUGGAGCGACUGGCACGGGAAAAGAUUGCCACGCAACAGCGACUGGCAGAACUCAAGCACGAGCUGAGCCAGUGGAUGGAUGUGUUGGAGAUUGACCGUGUGCUCCGGCAGACAGGCCAGCCUGAGGACGACCAGGCCUCCACUUCAACAGCCUCUGAGGGUGAGGACAACAUAGACGAGGAUAUGGAGGAGGACCGGGCAGGCCUGGGCCCACCUAAAAUGAGCCAUCGUCCCCAGCCGGAGCUGCUGAAGUCCACCCUCCCACCCCCCAGCACUGCCCCCGCGCCUCUGCCUCCCCACCCUCACCCUCACCCCCACCCCCAUCCAGUGGCCCUAUCUCCUGCCCACCUCCCUGUGCAGCAGCAGCCGCCACAACAGAAGACCCCUCUGCCUGCCCCUCCUCCCCCACCGGCCACCCCUGCCCAGACACUGGUACCAGCCCCAGCCCAUCUGGUGGCCACUGCUGGGGGUGGCUCCACGGUCAUUGCCCACACGGCUACCACCCAUGCCUCAGUCAUCCAGACUGUGAACCAUGUUCUACAGGGGCCGGGCGGCAAGCACAUUGCCCACAUUGCCCCCUCUGCCCCCAGCCCUGCUGUGCAGCUGGCACCUGCCACACCUCCCAUUGGCCACAUCACAGUGCACCCUGCCACCCUCAACCAUGUGGCCCACCUCGGCUCCCAGCUGCCCUUGUACCCACAGCCUGUGGCAGUGAGCCAGCCAGUGGCAGUGAGCCACAUCGCCCACACCCUCUCGCACCAGCAAGUGAAUGGCACAGCCGGACUGGGGCCCCCAGCUACAGUCAUGGCAAAGCCAGCCGUGGGGGCCCAGGUGGUACACCACCCCCAGCUGGUGGGCCAGACAGUGCUCAACCCUGUGACCAUGGUCACCAUGCCCUCCUUCCCGGUCAGCACACUAAAGCUGGCUUAAGGAUGAGGCCACUCAGGCCCCCCAGUGGGGGCAGGGAGGGGGACAUGUCCCCCACUCUCCCACCCACCAGCUCCACACAUUCCAGCCAGGCCCACCCCACCCACACACCCCCAGGCCUCCUAGGGGAAGGGGGUGCAAAGACUCUGAGCCAAGGAAGGGAGGGCCCCCCAUGGAGUUGGGUACAGGGCAGGGAGUUACCCCACUGCAUUGGGACUUGAUGACUGAUGAGGACACGCUAGUGGAUGUGACGCCCAUUGGGCCUGGUGCCAGUUCCAUUGCCACUCCUGCUGUCCCCCAAGAGGAGCACGAUGUGACAUCGUGUUUUCUGGCUUCUCCCUACCCUGCCCACUUUGUACUGCUGCUGCUAUUGCUCUCUCUGGUGGGGUGGCUGAGCACCUGGGCCCUCACUCCCAGCCUCAGUGUUUUCCUCCCAGGCCUUUAGAGGGAAAUGGGGAAGCAGGAGUGAAGCCACUUGGCCCAGAAAGCUGGGGACAGGUGGUGAGGGGUCCUAUUCUGAGUACAGGUGUCAGAUCCUAGGCAGUAGCUGGUAUGGAGUUGUGCCUGAACAUGUGGGUGCCCUGGCCUGGAGCUCUUUGAUGUGGUUGGGGUCACUAUGAUUUGUUACAGUAGAAACUAUUUAAAACGAUUUUCUACCAACAAUAAACAAAACCCAAGCUGUUGCCAAGCUUUUCAACCCCUGCCACUGGGCUCUUAGCUUCUGGAGGACAGGCUGAGGUUUGGCUGGGGAAGGUGGGGCUUCUCUUUCCUGCCGUCUUCCCUUAUCCUUGCAGCCACCCAGGCCUGGCCUGAGAGGAGAGCUACUCCAGCCCUCUAUCCCCAUCCUUGGCUUGACCUUUGACUUCAGAAAGCAGCCCAAGGUGCUGUCUACCAUUCACUCCUGGCUCUUUAAUUUCUGCUCUGUGGGGCACUUUCCCAGGGGAUGGGGGUGCCUGGGCACCUGUGGAUUUGGGGCCUCCUCCAGCUUGGGAGACAUGGGCCAGCAGCUGGUCUUGGUUCUAGGAGCUUAGAAGCCACAGUGUUGAGGCAUUAGGAAGUUCAAAUCCAGGGGCAUGGCCAAAACCCUGAACCUUGCCCCAAACAGGCCCUGGGGACUUAAACAGAGAAGGUAACCAGGCCAGAGCCAAGGGUUAUUGACUCCUCGGGAGCUGCUGCUUCUGCUCCAUUGUACUUGUCUUGUGUUCCCUCUUCCCCCUUUCUAAUGGGUGGUUUUGAGGGUCCCCUACAACGCACCACCACCUUCCUCUGAGGAAAGGGCCUUAAUUGAGUCAAGAGGAGGACUGAGCCUGGGGCAGGGUGAAGCAAAGGGUUCUGUGCUAGGGGAUGCCAAGUUCCCUAUCUCUACCAACUGCUUUGGCUUCUUUUUAUGUGGAUAUUUAUUAUAAGUGGCCUUGUGUCAGACACACUCAGUUACAUGCACGUGUGCACAUUCAGCUCCCCACUGGGCACAUUCACUGAUGGCCUUUUGGUUGAUGGGGGAGGGGGGGAGGAAGUGAGUGUCCCUAGGUGUGAAGUUUGCAUUGAUGGGGUGCUGGGCAGGCAGGAGAACCAGGAAAGGAGAGCUUAGGACCCUUGGAAGUGCCCUGCCUGCUGGCACUGAGGAGGCCAGCAAAGGUCUUGAAUAGAUUCUCCCUGGAAAUAAAGACUUCUUAGAUGCUCUAAGAAUCCUUCCAGUUCCUUCCUGGUCUUAGAGCCCUCCCAGGGGACUUUCCUUAUUUUCAUUUGACUCCUGGGGUGGGGAAGGUGGAUGGCCUAGGACCAGGUCCCCACUGGGACCUGUGGGAGGACUGUGGUACUCCCCCUACCCAAACUCAGCACUAUCUUGCCCCACAGGCCGGCUUCCCCCCCGCCCCUGAAGCCACCUCCGUACUGACACCCUAGCUCCACGGGGGCAGCUUUACUGUUAUUGUGACAGUGGGAAGAACAGAGGUUGGUGCCUGCACAUUCAGAGCACUUUGGUGACACCCCCACCCGCACCCAUCCCCAUGCUCACUUCUCCCAACGUCCUGAGGCCAGUUCCAGAGUUCAAACUUGUGUUGGCCAGUUGUCCUUGGGCCUGCACAGAUACCUCAUCAUCUAUCUGCCCUUCCCCAACCCCCCAGCAGUGGGGGCCUCCAAAUCUAGUGCCGAAUGACUAUGUCCAGAUUGGUGACAAUGGGUGUUGUUGCUGUUGUUUUGUUGUUUGUGAACGCUGUGAUGCCAUGUGCCCAAGUGGACAGCCACCUCCCAGCCCUUCCUUGGGCAUCUCCCUUCUGAACUGUUAGGACCACAUCUGUCCUCACCCUGUGGGACCGCCUGGCCCUUCCCUCCCUAGCCCUUCCAGCCUGGGACACACACACAUACACACACAUCUUACCUCUCAUGCGUGUUUUACCUUUUGAUGAUGUUCAGAGUGGCUCACUGGCUGGGAGUCUUUACCUCCGGGAGAGGGGGAGGAUGGUUCCUUGGGGGGCCAAAGAAAGGCAGCAAAUGCCUGGAGAGUAGUUGGGUUCCCAUAACCCCUGCUCUCUGGGAACAACUGUUUCUCCCCCCCCCAUCCCAGGGUCCCACCCCCAAACCCCAAAGAGGUGGCCCUUGUUUACAGUGAGGACUCGGUCACUGUGUCUCCGUUUCCUGAAAUAUAAACUGUAGCGACCCCAGACUGUAGAGAUUUUUAUGUGUUUGGAUACAUCUGCUGUGUGGGAAAAAACAAAAAAAAACUACAAAAACCCUAAUUUUGUACAUAUUGUAUUUUUACUAUUGAAUUGUAUUCUAGUGGCUGUUCAUGCUCCAAGACUUUAGGUAUUGAGACAUGAAUACUAUCCAUGUAAUAAGCACUUGCCUGGAGUAAAACAUAAAACUGAAAUAAACCUGCACUGAAACCUGA